AUUCACAGAAACUGUAGAAAAGGAAGAAGAAAGAAAUGACGAGUUCUGAUUCAUUGAGUCAAACAAAGCCAAUACCAAUCCCCACCCAAGAAGAAGACCCUUCAAGCCAAUCCACAGCUCUCCUUUCUUUCAACACUGAUUCUUCUUUAGACCCUAAAGCUAAAGAAUAUCAUUCAAAGCCCAUUACCACCAUCGUCUUUAUUGCUUUAAUACUCCUAACUUGCGUUGCGCUUUCUGCUGCCUUUGCCUUUGCUUUCCUCUUUUACUCUUCUCCCUCUUCAUCAUCUUCCUCUUCAGGUACAGUUCACAACUUGUCUCGCCCUCUGAAGAAACUGGAAAAACCAGUGGUUCUCUUGAUUUCCUCUGAUGGGUUUCGAUUUGGGUACCAAUAUAAGACUCCAACGCCAAACAUCCACCGUUUGAUUGCUAAUGGGACGGAAGCUGAGAUGGGUUUGAUUCCUGUUUUCCCUACUCUUACUUUUCCUAAUCAUUACUCCAUCGUUACUGGCCUUUAUCCUGCUUGCCAUGGUAUUAUAAAUAAUUAUUUUGUGGAUCCUAACACUGGUGAGGUUUUCACUAUGGCAAGUCACGAACCUAAAUGGUGGUUAGGUGAACCACUCUGGGAGACCGUGGUCAAUCAUGGGUUAAAGGCUGCUACUUAUUUCUGGCCUGGAAGUGAGGUAAAGAAAGGUUCUUGGAAUUGCCCUGAAAAGUUCUGUAUGGAUUAUAAUGGUUCUGUUCCAUUUGAGGACAGAGUUGAUACCGUUUUAAGUUAUUUUGAUCUGCCUAGUAGUGAGAUUCCUGCGUUUAUGACAUUGUAUUUUGAGGAUCCCGAUCAUCAGGGUCACCAAGUUGGACCUGAUGAUCCGGAGAUUACUGAGGCUGUUGCCAGAAUUGACCGUAUGAUUGGGAGGUUGAUUGAUGGUUUAGAAAAAAGAGGGGUUUUUGAGGAUGUUACUAUAAUCAUGGUUGGAGAUCAUGGGAUGGUUGGUACAUGUGAUAAAAAGUUGAUUUUUCUUGAUGAUUUGGCCCCUUGGAUUGAAAUUCCGAAGGAAUGGGUUCAAUCUUAUAGUCCAUUGCUUGCUAUUCGUCCACCUCCCGGUUAUGCACCAUCGGAUAUUGUUGCAAAGAUGACAGACGGAUUGGAGUCUGGGAAAGUUGAGAAUGGAAAAUUUUUGAAGGUUUAUCUUAAGGAGGAGCUACCUAGUCGGCUACAUUAUGCAGCAAGUGACCGAAUUCCUCCAAUAAUAGGGCUGAUUGAGGAGAGUUUUAAGGUAGAGCAGAAGAGAACUGGGAGAAAAGAGUGUGGAGGAUCACAUGGGUAUGACAAUGCAGUUUUCUCCAUGAGGACCAUUUUUAUUGGUCAUGGUCCUCAAUUUGCGAGGGGGAAGAAGGUGCCAUCUUUUGAGAAUGUUCAGAUAUAUAACUUGGUUACUUCAAUUCUCAAUAUACCAGGUGCUCCAAAUAAUGGGUCAUCAUCAUUUCCUGCGUCUAUGCUUUUGCCUAGCCAAUAAUAAUUGUUCCCUAAACAUGUUAAGGAUCUAUCUGCUGAAGCAAGGGGUAAAAGUGGGCAGGAUGACUAUUGCAAAGCCACAUGAUCAUCAGUUCAUCUAGGCAGAUGUUUGAGGGUACAAAAACGGUGAGACUGUGCAGUAAGUUAAGGCUAUUAGUAAACUUGGGAUCUCUUGAGAUUGUUGAGAUAAUGCAUUGUUGUAUCUCUUCUCCUCAAUUGCUCCAACUUUUCAUGUAUCUGAGCUGCACCUUAUCAUUUGAAAAUCAAUCCGUAAUCCUAUGCAGUGCUUUUAUGAUAUUUUUAAGACAGAGUGAAAGUACAUCGGGGAAAAGUACAAGGUUCUAGGAUUGUCCUCUCUGCUUCUAUUUCCUGCUUAGACAAAAGCCUAAGUUGCUCACUUAAGUUGUCUUUUUAAAGCGCUUACCUUGAAUCUUGGAAUACACAAUUAAAUUUAGAACAAACAAUCUUUAAGCUACUUGUUGAAAGGGUUCAAUUUCUGUUCUGUCUCUGCAUGUCAUAUGUUGCUUUGACGAUGAAUUUAGUUGUGUGGAAGAAAGCUGUGCUGUAUUGCUGGUGAAAUGCUUGUUAAUAUCGUAUCAUGCUAGCUGCAUCUUAGUUAAUUGUUCUCUUGCCUGGAUAUAAAGUGUCAGGCUUCUUGACUUUUGA